AUGGACUCUAUUAACGGGGGCUCAGUCCCCCCAGAAAAACCACCUGACUGGGGAGACCCUUCAACUUGGACUAAUACCCAAUUGGAAUCAGUUAUGGAGGUAGAUGCCAUAAUGAAAGAAUCGCCAAAAGUAAGAUUAGAUCAAAAAAAUGUUAGCCAAGAUCCGGUAAGUAAUGUCAAUGUUCCAUUUACUAAAUUACCUUCGAAAGAAUCGCCAAAUAUUGAAAAAAUUAGACAAUGUUUCAAAUACCAACCAACGGAUAUAGGUCCGUUUCAUGUAUAUAUUGAAAAUAUAAAGACAAAUUUUGAAGGUAAAUUAAAUCCUAUAAAGGUAGGUGAAAUAAUUUUAAGAGCUCAUUCUGAAAUUGAUAAUAAAAUAAAACAAAUUCAAUCUAUUGGGAGAAACCGAAUUAGAAUAAUUUUGAAAGACUAUUUAAGCGCCAACGUUUUGCUAUCUUCUACUAACUUAAAAAAGCAUGACUUAGGUGCAUUUAUACCAAAAUUUUUAUUAUUUAGAUUAGGAGUGGUCAAACAAAUAGAUGUGGAUUUGUCAGAAGAAUAUUUAAAAAGUAGAAUUUCGCCCUAUGAUUUGCAUUGUAAAUUCGAAGUAGAUUUUGUUAGACGCAUUAAUCGAAAAAUUAAGAAAGAUGAUGAUUCAACUGAACUUCAACCUACAAGAACAAUAUUGGUCUCAUUUAAAUCUCAAACAUUACCAAAAUAUAUUUUAAUUAACAAAGUUUUAUAUGAUGUAGAACUAUAUCAACAAAAAGUGCUACUUUGCUACAAUUGCUAUAGAUAUGGCCAUAUGGGUCGUCAAUGUAGAAACAAGGUUCGAUGUAUAAAAUGCGGAGAAAAUCACAACUCAGAAUCUUGUCAGAAUAAUGACAAUAAGGUAUGUCUAGUAUGUCAGGGAGAUCACCGUACUACAGAUCUGGACUUAUGUCCAGAAUUUAAGAGACAAAAAAAUAUUAAAAGUUAUAUGUCAAAUACUAAUUGCUCGUAUAAAGAUGCUUCUAAAGAAAUUCCUCAACACACGUAUGCUUCAAUAGUGUCCUCAUCUUCCUCAAGUCAACUAAAUAAAUCAUUAUCACAGCCUUCCUUUGUUAAUGUAAACUCAGUUGCCAGCACAGCUCCUUCACCAGUCAAUAUCGUAUCCAAUCUUAUCUCUCAUUCAACUUUUCCUCACACUUCUAAAUUCAGAUCAUUCUCACAACCUAUACAUUCACCGAAAACUAAUAAAAGACCCCGUAUUAUUAACUCUAACCCUAUUUCUUCAGCUCACAAAGAAAUUAUAUCUAAUACUAAUAUUCCAAAAAGUCAAGGAGGAAUCCUUUCUUCUCCUAAAUAUAAAUCUACAUUAAGUUCAUCAAAUAUAGAGGAAAAAUUGACAAGUGAUAAUAUGUUCCAAAUUAUUUUACAAGUUGUUUUAUCUACUAUUGAAAUUAUUAAAAGUACAAAUUUCGAAAUUCAAGAAUCUACUAUUUUAAAUGUAAUUAAACAAAAUUUGUCAAGUUCUAUAGGAAAGACUCUUGAAUUCGAUGGCUAG